AUGGAAGAUACCGCGGGUCAAGAUAUUGCCACCGACACCGCCAGUGCCCCGGGCUUCCCCGAUCCCAGCCCUCAGGAGGCCAUGUUCUUCUUCAACAUGAUCAAGAACAUGAACAACCAGCCUGACAUAGAUUGGGACGGCGUGGCCACUGACUCUGGAUUCAAGAACGCCGCUGUGGCCAAGAAACGCUUCUACCAGAUCAAGCAAAAGCUUGGUCUCGACUCGCGCACCAACACUGCCGUUGUCAAAACACCGCGCACUCCACGCACUCCACGUACACCAAACACACCACGCAAGCCGCGCAAGACCAAGCGCACCACCGCCGCUGUUGUUUCUGCUGCAAGCGAUGUCGCUGAUGCCGACAAUGAGGACACGGAAGCGGCUCCUCUUACACCGCCCAAGAGUGCCAAGCGCCGCAAGGCCAACACGGGAAAGGCCGUCAAUAUGGAGCUCUCUGAAGCCAAUGUCAAGAAGCUUCGUGAUGUCAAGCUCGAGGCCAAUCCUGAGGCCACUCCUGAGGCCACUCCCAAAGCAAGUCCCAAGGCCGCUGACAAGAAACAGGGCAGAACCCCCCUCCCUUUCCAGCGCGCGCAGCAGCGCACGCCUUCAGCCUCAGACAGUGGCAGUGAGGAUAAGAACUUGGUGAACGCCGAGGACAAGGGUGUAGCUGACCAUUGCGUUGAUGAUGUGAUGCUUGACAGCAUUACUGUGACUCCUCCUAGAGUCAAUAGCAAUGGAAACGAAUUGAUCAAAGACGAGAGCGAGAUUUAA